AUGCCGGCCACACCAAAGUCGACGCCUAAGAAGGCAGCCAACGGUACACCUGCUGCCUCGCCAUCCACCGCCUCACCGAGCCGCAUGACGCGUGCUCAGGCCAAGGCUACCGGUGGCAUCCGCACCCCGUCACCGCUCAAAAAGGGUGGGUCCAUCUCUACGCCCUCGAAGUCCUCCAAAAAGGCUCCUAUCACCCCUACAACUGCGGAGGACUCUCCAUCGAAGAGCAAGAAGACCAAAACGCCCGCCACUACACCGACCAAGGCGAGCCCCAAAACGGCCAAGUCCUCGCCAACAAAGGACGCUUCGCCAGCCAAGGUGCCUGCAAGCCACGCAAAGUUGACCCGCAAACCCACGUCCGCGCUGGCGACUGCGGAGCCGAUCGUUGCUGAAUACUCGGAGGAAGAGGUCGAAGAGGAGGAAGAGGAGGACGAGGAGGAGUCGGAUCUCGAGGAUGGUCAGGACGUUUCCGAGAAGGGCAUGCAGCGGCUGAUGGCUGCGCUAGGAGACGACGGAUUGGAUGAGGUGGAUAUGGCUGCUCUGGAUGAGUUGGCUGGCGAUGAAGACGAGGAGGAGGAUGACGAUGAAGAGGAUGACGACGAAGAGCUCGAGGAUGACGAGGAGCUAGAGGCGUUAGAAGCUGUGUCCGACGAGGAGGAAGACGAAGACGAAGAGCUGGUAGCUGCGGACGAUGACAUCCCACGCGUCAUCCCCAAUGCCAACGGCGACACUCUCGCCGCGUCCAUUGCACGAAGCGGUCUCGUCCCCGACGCAGACUCCGACGAAGACGAAGAGGAAGACCCCGAAGCCGAAGAGGAGGAUGACGAAGAAGCCAUCCCCUACGAAGACCUCCCCGACGACAUCCAGCUCUCGGAAGCCGCUCAAGCCUCGCGCACCCAACGCAUCAAGAUCAACAACGAAUCCGCCCUCCGUCGCAUCUACUCCUCAAUCCGUCUCGACUCGCCCGAAUCCUCCUCCAAGCUACCCUGGAUCGAGACGAUGCGCAUCACCUACCCUUCUUCGCACACCUUGUCGGAUGUGGAGAACGACCUGGAGCGCGAGCUCUCCUUCUACAAGCAAGCUCUGCACGCUGCGGUGGAGGGACGCAAGCUCGUCGAGUCGGCGGGGAUGCCCUUCAGCCGACCGACGGAUUACUUUGCCGAGAUGGUCAAGACGGAUGAGCACAUGGAGCGAAUCCGUCAAAAACUGCUCGACGAAUCUGCGGCGAUCAAGGCGAGCGAAGCGGCCAAAAAGCAGCGCGAGCUCAAGAAGUUUGGCAAAAAGGUGCAGGUCGAGAAACUGCAAGAACGGGUGCGAAACAAGAAGGAGAUGGCGGAACGAAUUCAGGGGCUCAAACGCAAGCAUGGUGCGCUGGACGAUGCCGAGGAUGGAGACGACUUCGAUGUUCGAUUGGAAGAGGCCAUUGGUGGCCCGGAGAAGAAGGGCAAGCAGUUCUUGGGCAAACCUCGUGCACCCACCAACAAGGCCAAGAUGCCGAGAACCGCAAGGGAUGCAAAGUAUGGUCAUGGAGGCAAGAAGAAGUAUUCCAAGAGCAACACUGCCGAGUCGACCAACGAUUUCCGCGUUGGCCCCACCAAGGGCGCCAGGGGUAGCAAGGUCAAGGUUACCUCGGGCAAGGCUGGGUUCAGGCCCAAGCAGAAGAGCGGCGCCGCGAAGAGACCCGGCAAGGCAAGACGCGCUGGCGGUCACUAA